AUGUCCAAACCUUCAGACCACAUCAAGCGACCCAUGAACGCCUUCAUGGUAUGGUCCCGAGGCCAGCGGCGCAAGAUGGCCCAGGAAAACCCCAAGAUGCACAACUCAGAGAUCAGCAAACGCCUAGGCGCCGAAUGGAAGCUUCUGUCCGAGGCAGAGAAGCGGCCGUACAUCGACGAGGCCAAGAGGCUACGGGCCCAGCACAUGAAGGAGCACCCUGACUACAAGUACCGGCCGCGGCGCAAGCCCAAGAACCUGCUCAAGAAGGACAGGUAUGUCUUCCCCCUGCCCUACCUGGGCGACACGGACCCGCUCAAGGCGGCCGGCCUGCCCGUGGGGGCCUCCGACGGCCUCCUGAGCGCGCCCGAGAAAGCUCGGGCCUUCUUGCCGCCCGCUUCGGCGCCCUACUCCCUGCUGGACCCCGCGCAGUUUAGCUCGAGCGCCAUCCAGAAGAUGGGUGAAGUGCCCCACACCUUGGCCACCGGCGCGCUGCCCUACGCAUCCACCCUGGGCUACCAGAACGGCGCCUUCGGCAGCCUCAGCUGCCCCAGCCAGCACACGCACACGCACCCGUCCCCCACCAACCCGGGCUACGUCGUGCCCUGUAACUGUACCGCCUGGUCUGCCUCCACCCUGCAGCCCCCCGUCGCCUACAUCCUCUUCCCGGGCAUGACCAAGACUGGCAUAGACCCUUAUUCGUCAGCCCACGCCACAGCCAUGUAA